GUCCAGUCGUGCCCCCAGCUAAAGUCUUAACUUGGUCUUAACCUCUUUCUUUUCAACAGCAUCGUCGAUUUAUCGAGUAGUAAAGUAAUCGUCGAUUUAUCAUCCUUCAGUAUGCUCUUUGGGUUCCCAAGCCAUCCCUGUGCUAACUGCUAACUAACUAGUAUAACGCCAGUGGUUCUAAAACACAAACUAGUUGUUGCCUAAUUUCCAUCUGCUAUUUACCCAUAAAUUUGUAUGUUUGACGAUCAUAUUGAAUUAAGCACGCUACAGUGAUAAACGCCUAAGAAUACAUAUAAGCAAUAUAACGAAUUAAGAUCAUCUCUUGCUUUAUGUUUCCCGGACACUUGAUGCCCUGGAUCUCAUGGUGCUUUGUUUGUGAAAGAAGUGCAAGUUAUCUUAAACGGAUCCGCAUAAAUUAUCUUUUGAUGUGUAACACAAUGCAAGCUGUGGUAGCGAGAUCCCCAUAUUGAUGCGGCCCUAUGUAUGCUGCAUUCUUCCAGAAGAAGAUGAUUUCUACGAAGAGGAUUUACCUGGCAAGGAGGAGGACGGCUACGACGAAGAGGAGGAGCCCGACAAGGGCGACAUCCAGGCGGUGAUCAGCACGCUGAACGCCAAGCUGGAGGACUUGCAGACGUGCCAUGACCUGAUCGCCAAGCAUGCCUCCACUCUGCACAGGUCGCUGGCUGACCUGGAGAACACGGAAAGCACGCAGGAGGUCACGGCCAAGGUCAAGCAGGUCAACGAGCGGGCCACCCUGUUCCGUAUCACCUCGACAGCCAUGAUCAAGGCGUGCGCAGACUACCGGGACCUGGUGCAGACGCACGGCCGCAAGUGGCAGCGCAUGUUCCAGCACGAGCGCGAACAGCGCAGCCGCCUGGAGCAGAUGGUGGAACAGCUGGCGCGUCAGCACUCGCACCUGGAGCAGGAGGCCAAACAGCACGAGGUCAACAAGCAACUCAGCAAGAAGGACAGCCUCACGGGCGAUCACAAGAUCGCGCUGCCUCACCAAGCCGCGAGUAUCCAGUCGAGCGAUGAUGAGUUCGAGGAUGCCGCGGACGACUUCGGAAGUCACUUCACGGUGGCGGUGCCGACCAACCACAAACGCUCGGGCAGCAACGUCUCCCAGACGUCCGAGGGCCGCGACAAACUGCCCAACGAGUCCGACUCGAGCAACGAGGAAGACAACUCGGAGAUGAUCGGAGUCAUCGCCCACAAGCCAUCCAAACAAAAGCGCGCUCGGGACGGCGAGGCGGGCAACGGCGACUCGCCUCCAUCCUUCUCUGCAGAGAUGACGCACAAACCGGGCAAGAGCGCCCGCAAACGACGCACCACCAUCCCGGAUAAGCCCAACUACCCGCUCAACCUGUGGAGUAUCAUGAAGAACUCGAUCGGCAAGGAGCUCACCAAGAUUCCAGUGCCGGUGAACUUCUCCGAGCCUCUAUCGAUGCUGCAGCGCCUGACAGAGGACUUUGAGUACAGUUACCUGCUGGACCGCGCCGCCGAGUGUGAUGACCCCUGCGAGCAGAUGUGCUACGUGGCAGCGUUCACAGUCAGCGCGUACGCCACCACCAGCCAGCGGUCGGGCAAGCCGUUCAACCCGCUGCUCGGCGAGACGUAUGAGUGCGAUCGGAGAGACGACUACGGCUGGAGGGUGAUCUCAGAACAGGUGUCUCAUCACCCGCCGAUGGUGGCGCAACACUGCGAGGGCGACGCCGGCUGGGAGUGCUACCAAGAGUUCACCAUGUCGAGCAAGUUCCGCGGCAAGUACCUGCAGGUGAUCCCGCUCGGCAUCUCACACCUCCACUUCCCAAAGACAGGCAACCACUUCACGUGGCGAAAGGUAACCACGACGGUACACAACAUCAUCGUGGGCCGACUGUGGGUGGACCAGCACGGUGACAUGGAGAUCACCAACCACAAGACGGGCGACAAGUGCAACCUGAAGUACGUCCCGUACAGCUACUUCUCCCGCGACGUGCUCAGGAAGGUGACGGGCUGCGUGACGGACCCGAUGGGCCAGGUGCGGUGGGUCCUGAUGGGCACCUGGGACUCCAAGAUGGAGUGCUGCAAGGUGCUCAACUCCAAUACCUCGGUCAAGGGUAAACCGGUCAUCGAGACGGGCCCGCCGAGACUGCUCUGGAAGGCCAACCCCGUCCCAGAGGACGGUGAGAAGAUCUACAACUUCAGUCAGCUGGCGAUCGAGCUGAACGAGCCGGAGGAGGGCGUGGCGCCGACCGACUCCCGGCUGCGGCCCGACCAGCGGCUCAUGGAGGAGGGCAAGUGGGACGAGGCCAACGACGAGAAAGUCAGACUGGAGGAGAAGCAGAGGGCCGUCCGACGGAAGCGGGAGGCCGAGGCCGAGGCGGCAGCAGAGGAAGGUGUCGAGUACACGGGCCACCAGCCGAUCUGGUUCCGCAAGGACCACGACCCGUACACCAGCCAGUACGUGCACAUAUACACGGGCGAGUACUGGACGGCCCGCGAGAAACAGGACUGGUCGCGCUGCCCGGACAUUUUCUAGGCGGCCGCCGCGGCCGUGUGAGUUGUGAUGGCCCGUCGCCGCCGUCGCCGGCCUGUCUUUCUGCGGUGUCGGUGAGUGCUCAGCAGUGGCGGCGUCAGUCGCGGCGGCGCGGGCCCGCCGACGGUCGGCGUCCCGUGUCGGGACGGCCGCCGCCGGCGACGGCCCGCCGCGCCGCGCUGCAGACAGUGGCGGCCGGACGCGGGCCGCGCCCGCCCCCAGUAUACGGUCUGUUAUUGAGUGAGGCUAGCCCGAUUCCGGUGUGAUGUGGCGUGCGGCCGACCCGAUUACCGUGUCAGUGGUCGGGAGGAGGCCCGCGAUAGAGAGAGGCCCGGGAGGGAUGCGGCUCCUGGCGACGGAGAAUGGGAUAGAGACUGAGGGGGAGGGACAGACAGACGCUGAAAGAGAGACACACUGACUUAGGGAAGGACAGAAUGGCUGACUGACCAGGGAAGACAGACUGACUGAAGACUGACGUAAGAUGCUCAGACAGACUGACUGAAAUUUAGAGACAAGAGACAGGAUAUGCACACAGAGGCAGACGCAGAGUACCCAUUACCCAUGUACCGCAGUUUGACGGAGGAAGCCCGCUGAUGGACGAUGAGGUCGCUGACAGCGGAAAGUCAGACGCAGUACGGCACACGGCGGUGACUGACGCGGACUGGUCUGUUCAGGACAGUGACGAAGGCGGACUGAUCUGUUCAGGACAGUGACUGAGGCGGACUGGUCUGUUCCGGACAGUGACUGAGGCGGACUGGUCUGUAUUCAGGGCUGACUGUCGCCGUCACUCAGUGAUGGCGGCGAACUCGGAGUUGGACUGUGACUGCGCUGCGGACCGGGGCGAUUGUGAUGUCAAUAGGCCGGCCGGCCGGCUGGCCCAGUCCCAUAGAAACUAUCGGUGAUUGUGAUGACGGAAUGUGCCGGCUGGCGCCGGCGGCAUUCCUCUAGGCUACGGGGUUUAUGGUAUAUAAUCUGUAUUUAUGAGACGACAGUAGGCGUGACGGAGCCGCGUGCGGCGGCGCGCCCGCCCGCCAGCCAGAUGGUGUAUAACGCUACCGUAGACAAUAAAUCGCUGCUUCGGUAGCCGGCGCAACUCCGGAGACGCGGUGAGAGCGUAGCAGCCGACGGUCGCCGCCGCCGCGCCUGCACCUCGGAUGCAUUUUCGGUCGGCUUGUGUGUGUGACCGGCUCCAAAUAUAUUCACCUGGGUGACA